GUGUGUUUUCGUCAUUCUCACAACGGAACCGUACAACGUCCGCAUUUUCGACUGCCAAGCUCAGCAAUAAGUUUUCCGCAGCAUGUCAGUUCCCACUCAACGCUUCUCGGACAUCCGGCGGUCCCGUCCGUCUUACUCUUGUCAAGUCUGCCGCGACCGGAGGGUACGGUGCGAUCAGGCGCGCCCAAAGUGCGGAAACUGUGUCCGCAACCAAGCCCAAUGUGUAUACCAGUCUAACCUGUCGCAAAAACGCAAAGACCCGAUUACGGACGACUCGGCAAACAAGAUGCCUCGAAGGAACAAGUCGUCGGGUUCGGAACGCAGCCCAUCGCCACUCGAGACAGGAAAGCUCAAACCCGGGUAUCUGGUGCUUAAUAGUGGGGGCAGAUCACGGUAUACGGAAAGUACCUUCUGGGCAUGUGUGGAUGCCGAAGGCCUCGAGCUUGACCGGAUUCUGCGCAACCUCCCGCUUUUCCCGAGGACCGGCGGCCCAGACGACCUGGUUACUCCCCCAGCUUUUUCGAGCAGUCCCGGGGCGGCGACAAGUGUGCCGAACCCGUCCACUGGAACCUCGCCGGAUCGCAUCAGCUGGGGUCCCGUUCGUCUAGCAAAAUUACUUCAACCCCUUCCCCCGAAACUCGUCUGCGACCGCCUCUUUCGAGCGUUUAUGGACUGCAUUCAUCCUCUCAUCCCUCUAAUGCACAUUCCAUCGUUCGAAUCCGCCUAUGACGAGUUUUGGUCUUGGCGUUUAACACGUCCUGCUCAAAACAUUUCGUUGAGUAUCCUCCACAGGAAUCCUAGCUUUCUCCCUCUUUUAAUCAGUGUUUUAUCUGCUGGGUCCAUCACAAUUCACGAACCAUGGAGCGAUCGAGUCGGCCAAAAACUGCGCGGCCUGAUGCCAGAAGCCCUUCGAGUAAUCGGUUUCCCCUACUAUCCCUCGGUGUACUCUCUGAUGGCUUACAUACUCGCUAACUCGACCCUGAUCCGCGAAGAGGACGCCUUUAGCUCUUGCUCAUUUGUCGCCGUGGCUCUAAGGGUUGCACAGUCGAUGGGUUUCCAUCGCGAUGGCACCGAAUUCGAGCUCGACCCUAUAUCGACUGAAGAGCGUCGCCGUGUAUGGUGGCACCUUAUGCAUCUCGAUACCAUGACAAGCAUAGCUCAGGGUCUACCUGGCAUCAUGUCGAGUUCACGCUGCACCACUCAAGUAAUCAGCGAGAUGAAGGACGAACUUAUUGGUAAGAUCAAAAGCACCGACUCGCUUGAUCGUGAGCUGUGGGUCGAACCAAAGUACGUGCUUGCGGCUGGACGCUAUGAAGCUAGCACCCAGUUGCGAACCAUUCUAGAGCGACUGCAAGAAGCACCGAAUAUCACUCUUUCCGACAUCGCCCCCUUGGAGAUGCAGAUUGAGGACCUACGCCGGCGUCAGUCCCGUCGUCUAGAGAGCGUCAAUCUACAUGCCCAUUCAGCAUCAUUACAGGAAAUAUUGGAUCAGCUCUCGGUCCGUGUCGGGGGGGACGACUUUACUGAUCAUCGACCUCCGCCGCCCACCACAGCCUCAAAAGCCAUUCAACAAUGGAAUCAAGCACUCUUGCAUCUCACGACGGUUAAAGCAUACUGUAUAUUGUAUCAGCCCUUCAUGUCAGACAAGGUGAUUUGGGCAAAUCUUCGAUCGAGGGCAUUACCACACUUUCAAUACUUUUUGGCUCUGUUUUUGGAGAUGACUACCAAUCCGUCGUACCGGCCAUUUCAUUGGCUUUAUCCAGGCUCAUAUCAACCGCUACAACCAUGCGCUGUCUUGCUUUCUGAUCUGUCAGCACAUCCCCACUCGUCCGACAAAAUGCUCAGCAUGCAGCUCAUCGAUAGAGUAUUCUCGUUACUGGGACCUGCUGGCAGGCUAGUCAGCCCUGGGUCGUAUCAGUCUUUGCCCUCGUUAACGGGUGCAAAACAAGUAUGGACUGUCCUCGAAAAAUUGCGUGCAAAAGUGUGGCACGACCUGGGAUACGACCAUACGCUGUUCUGGGCAGAGGAUGAAAAGGGUGAUGAUGGGUUGGCCCAUCGAGGCUCCAUGGACUUUUGGCUGACCGGCAAUCUGGCUGGGCAUUCUGCAGACAGAAGUGAUACCGCAACCAGUUCCUACCCACCCCCUAUGCCGCAAAAUGGCGAAGCUAUUGCCGACUCUACGACCCAUCCUACCAGUUACGCCGAAUCUGGUGCUACGUCUACCUCGUCUAUUCCGCUCCCAGUCGCAGCUCUUAACGAGCAAGAUUGGCAAAACGAUAUGGAUGCCUUAUCCUGGAUACCUUGGGGGACAUCAAAUGAUCCCCCUUUCCAGUCUAUCCAGAAUUCUCUUACGACCAGCAACUACAUGCCGGAAUCAACCGAUAGCGGUGAAGCAGAGAUAGCCCCUGGGCAAAUGAUUGUUCCGCCAGGUAACGAAACUGAUCUUUUCGGACUUUACCCGCCCACAGAGAGUCAGUUGUCAUCAACCCGCUAUCAGGGACAGAAUUUCUUUUAGUCAGGAUACGCAUGUAUUGCAGCCUGCCUUCAUUUCUUAGUCCGUUUGAAAACCUUCACAUUGGCAAUAAAAUCGACAUUCGUUGAAAGGGUAUGAGCGCACGAACGAAACAUACGUAACCAUGCCAUCCGAAAACAC